AUGGCGGACGUUAAUAAAAAGAAUUCGCGUUCGAAAGAACGAUUGCAAACGAAGCAAUUUGGCUUCCAACAAUCUGAAAUAGAGAACAGUGAAGGCAAUAAUACAACGUCUGAGGAAAAAGUAAUUCAGAAUCUCAUUUGGAAAGAUCUAACCGAGGAACAAAUUGUUUCAUUUAUUGCUCUUACGCCACCUGAACUGGAAUCAAAACUUGCGGAGAAUUUUGCUCUGUACAAUUACCGCGUAUGUUUGAAAGAAGGCUGUCUAGUAGAUUUUUAUGUGUCAGCAUUUUGGUUUGCAAAACAAGCCCGAUUUACAUGCGAACAGAUAUCUGCUUUCUUUUCACUAGUUAAAAUUCUGUUGGAAAAUAUACGAGAUAAAAAGAUGUCAAUAACGAGGAAUAUCUUGGAAAUGAAGAACUAUAUCGGGACUUGUUCAAACUCCAAGAAGACGGAUAGACCUUCGUUAUUUAGCGUUUAUCAAACGAAGACUAUUUCUGACUAUGUUACUGAAAGUCUUUUCCAACACUACAAGCUGUACCAACUUCUUUUUUCAUCACAACUCACAGACGAGCCUUCCGUUAAGCAGAAAUUGUUGGUUGAAGUACCGCCCAUGGCAGACGUUCCUUUUCCACCGCCUCUUGAUGAAGGUCUACCAGAAGAGAUGCACAGUGAACAUGUCUUAGGACUGAAACAGUCGACUGUGAACGGGGAGGAUCUUGACAUAAAGGAAAUCCAUACUGCAAACGAUAAACAAGAUAACGAAAUUAACGAAAUUACUAACGAAGCUUGUGAACUAACACAGGAGCCAUUAUUUAGUUCUCUAAAACCAGACGAAAUGAAACAAGUUUUGAAAGAUGUCUCGGAUGGAAUACUCAGUGAAGUCAAGAAUUCUGUGCAAAAGAAACUAAAAGAUCGAGAAUCGACGAUACUCACAAAAAUGACAAAGAAAUAGUUAUUAUUCGAAUAUUAUUAUCACUGCUAUAGCUAUAUACCUGUCUGAAGACUACGCCAUUGUAUUCUCAUAAUAUUUAUGAAAAACGAAAAUGUAAAAUAGAUAAAUAACACCUGGUUAUAAGAAAAUGACAUACGUGUAUAAGUUUUUACUUUUAAUGGGUUUUCUCUUUUUGGGAAGAGUGUUCACUGCCAAUUUGAAAUCUUUCAAACUUCAUAAUACAAGGUCAUAAGUUAAAUUAAAUUUUAUCAUUUACAAAUUUUCACAAUUAAUACAAAGUUAUUUAUAGGUCCUUUUUAGAAAAAUUUAAAAUACAAUUCGUUC